AUGGGAAUCACUGAUGCUCAACUACAAAGGUUUCCUAAUUUCAACUACGAGAAAAUGACAUACAAAAGGAUGCCACACCCCUCACCCGAAAAUGCAGUCGCUAAGGUAGGGGAAGUCCCUAGUGCAACCGAGAGCGGGGACUGUGGUGUAUUUAUGCUUAUGUAUAUGGAAUUCUUGACUGCUAACUUAGGUUUAGAGAAGGUGACCUCCGAUGAAAUGGAGUUUUUUAGACAGAAGAUGGAGGUCAGAGAUUAUCCUUUUCAAAAAGAAGUAAACACAGAUUUACUCUACUAUUCGAAAACAAAGUUUGAGAUUGAAGUUAUCGUCCAACUUCUCCGGCGAACAUCUCCGGCGAACCGAACAUCUCCGAUUCCGAAACAUAGAGCAAAAGAAGAUGCAAAGGAGAAGCACAAUGCGUGUGAUAACAAAACUAUACAAGGAUCAAGCUGCAUCCUGAUUCAACUGCUCCAAUUUAUACUGUUUCUGAAAUCUGGAACGAAACAGGUCUAUUGCUGGAAACAAAACAGGUCACAAAUCAAAAUCAGUGAUAUAUCAACAAUUUUGUUUGGCCUGCUGUUAGCAAUGGAAUUAAUUGACAAGGAAGCCAAGGAGGUUCGCUUCUUUAACUUGAUUCUGUUCUCUAUUAUUCUUAUUUUGGGUUUUGAAAGAGGAAAUCAAUCUAUUUAUAUGUUACCCUACUGUUUACUAUUGAAAGAGUUUUAGGGUUCAAAUAAA